CAAGGGUCCUGCAGCCUCAUAGGACAAUCAGGGGAGAAUGAAAACGCCUUCUACAAGCUUAAACCAGUUCUCUGCUGGACACUAAGUCACAAAACUGCUCUAACUGCUGAUAAGGAAAUGUAUUUAGCAGUUUAUAUUUACUAAAAUAAUUGCAUUUCCAUGUUCUGUGUACUGUGGGAGACCAGAUAUAGUGAAUGCAAGGUCUUGGGUUUAGUAACACUUUAGGCAGCCCUUCUGGAUGUAUGUAUUGGCAAGAGGUGCUUGGGUGUGCUGGAGGGUC